AUGGAUGUCUACGGACGGUUAACGCCAGAAGUGUUUCGGAUUGAUGAUCUUCUUGAUUUCUCAAACGAAGAGAUCUUUUCCUCUUCUAAAACCGCCAUCGACUUUGAUCUCAAUCACCAUUACCAACCACCUCCUACCGAUAAUAUUGCUGCCGCCGGUUGUUACAACGAUGCUCUUCCCAAUUCCGUUGACUUCACCGAUAAACUCUGUGUUCCGAGUGAUGAUGUAGCAGAGUUGGAGUGGCUAUCGAACUUCGUGGAAGAUUCAUCCAAUAAUUUCCCUUCAAACUCCUUAACACAAACCAUGUACCACCUCAAUAAUACCAAUAAUAUUACUACAAUAUUGCACAGCAAAUCAAGAAGCAAACGUUCACGUAAUUCAAACACUAGCUGGACUACUUCCUCACUCCAACAACACAAAUCCACAAACCAAAAAAACUACAAUCAAGACGAAAAUUCAGGUAUUUAUAACAGAGACAAAUUUUCAUCAAUAACUUCAAAUAUUACACCGAGAAAAUGCACCCAUUGUGCAUCAGAGAAAACACCACAGUGGCGAACUGGACCAUUAGGCCCCAAAACACUGUGUAAUGCUUGUGGUGUAAGGUACAAAUCGGGCCGGUUGGUACCUGAAUAUCGUCCCGCGGCAAGCCCGACGUUUGUGUUGACGCAACAUUCGAAUUCUCACCGGAAAGUAAUGGAACUCCGGCGACAGAAAGAGGUUAUUGAUCAUCAACAGCAGCAGCACGGAAUGUAUGGACAUCACUAUCCGGUCUGCUGA